CAGGCUGGCCUUACAUUUUGUGGAUAACCGGGCAACUGCGCAGGCUGGCCUUAUAUUUUGUGGAUAACCAGGCAACUGCGCAGGCCGGCCUUACAUAUUGUGGAUAACCAGGCAACUGCGCAGGUCGGCCUUACGUACUGCGGAUAACCGGGCAACUGCGCAGGUCGGCCUUACGUACUGCGGAUAACCGGGCAACUGCGCAGGUCGGCCUUACGUACUGCGGAUAACCGGGCAACUGCGCAGGCCGGCCUUACGUACUGCGGAUAACCGGGCAACUGCGCAGGCCGGCCUUACGUACUGCGGAUAACGGGGCAACUGCGCAGGCCAGCCUUACGUACUGCGGAUAACGGGGCAACUGCGCAGGCCGGCCUUACAUAUUGUGGAUAACCGGGCAACUGCGCAGGCCAGCCUUACGUACUGCGGAUAACCGGGCAACUGCGUAGGCAGCUAGCGCAGCCCACAUUCCAACGCAAACGCUGGACUUUGACUGCGCAUGCGCACAUGCAAGUACUGGUUGCUGCACUGCGCAAACACACCCGUGACUCAGCUGGUUCAAUUCUCUGGGCUGGUAAAAAGGAAAGUCAGCUGGGCUGGAUGGUGCCAUCCAGUAGUCACUGUUCAGGAACGUAACGAACAUUAAACAGCAGAACAACUUAGCAGUGGGCGACACUUUCAAUACAGCAUCGGAAAGAGAGGUUAUCGCGAGAUCCAGGAAGGGGCCCCGCGCUCGGAGGUAAAAUGGCAUCACAGCAGACCGCGUUUCCUGAGAAACUCAGCCGAAAACAAUACAAGGCUGCAAUGAAGAAGGAGAAACGCAAGAAACGUCGGCAGAAAAUGGCUCGCUUGAGAGCUCUGGAAGCCCCACCAGAGGCGGAGGAGGAGGAUGUUUCUGCCAAUGAAGAACUUGCAGAGAGAUUACUGGAGAUAGAGAGGCAAAAAUUACAUGAAGAGUGGCUGCUGAGGGAGGAGAAGGCACAAGAAGAAUUCAGAAUAAAGAAGAAAAAGGAGGAGGCCGCUAGAAAACAGAAGGAAGAACAGGAGAGACAAAUAAAGGCUGAAUGGGAAGAACAACAGAAAAAACAGAGAGAGGAGGAGGAGCAGAAGCUACAGGAGAAGAAAGAGAGAGAGGAAGCGGUGCAGAAAAUGCUGGACCAGGCUGAAAAUGAAGGCACUUGGCAGAACCCAGAACCACCCAAAGAUUUAAGGCUGGAGAAAUAUCGACCCAGUUGUCCCUUCUACAAUAAGACGGGAGCCUGCAGAUUUGGUAACAGGUGUUCACGGAAGCAUGACUUUCCCACGUCAAGUCCCACCCUUCUCGUGAAGAGUAUGUUUACGACGUUUGGAAUGGAGCAGUGCAGAAGGGAUGACUACGACUCUGACGCAAACCUGGAGUACAGUGAGGAGGAGACCUACCAGCAGUUUUUGGAUUUCUACCACGACGUGCUGCCCGAGUUCAAGAACGUAGGGAAGGUGAUUCAGUUCAAGGUAAGCUGCAACCUGGAACCUCAUUUGCGUGGCAAUGUGUAUGUUCAGUACCAGUCGGAAGAGGAAUGCCAAGCAGCCCUCUCUCUCUUUAAUGGAAGAUGGUACGCAGGACGACAGCUGCAGUGUGAAUUCUGUCCAGUGACCCGGUGGAAGGUUGCGAUUUGCGGUUUGUUCGAAAUGCAAAAGUGUCCGAAAGGAAAGCACUGCAACUUCCUCCAUGUGUUCAGAAACCCCAACAACGAGUUCAGAGACGCGAACAGGGAUAUCUACCUGCCUCCGGCGAGCACUGGCUCCUCUGGUAAAACCUCAGACCGGGGGGACAGGAAGGAUCACCGAGAGGAAAGCUACAGCAAGUCAAGAAGCCACCACUCUGGCUCAUACCACUCCUCCAAGAGAAGCAGGGAGUCGGAGAGGAAGAGUCCUCACAGGUGGAAGAAAUCUCACAAACAGGCCACGAAGAGUCAUGAGCGGCACAGCUCAAGAAGAGGAAGAGAAGAGGGCAGCAGUCCAGGUCCGCAAAGCCAGAGCCACAGAACCUGAGCCCGGCUAAGGCGACACCACUUGGACGCGGGAUACAAAACUUCCUUACAGAAUAAAAACGUAACGCAGUAUUCUUCUGAUUCCCCCAAGAUAUCCAAAGGAAACUGAUUACAAAGGAAAGGCAUGGUGACUCAGUCUAAUUCCCAAGGUACAAACGCUUGUGGCUUUAACAGAGACAGAACCAGGUAUUACUCUUUGUCUGUUAAAAUGCUUACAGUGCUGUUACAAUGCUUAGUAUCAUGUUAUUGGUGUUGUUUUCCACAGUUUAAGCUGGCUUCCCAUGUUUUCCUGUGAUAAGUUUACAUUGUGAUGCUGUAUCAUUAAUAUAUUUAUUAACAUCGUUUUUAUAUUGUUUGAGUUGGACAAAAUUCCCAAAUACAUAUCUCUGUUCUACAAAAAAGAACAUAUAGGAUUACAGAAA